CCACGCUUUGGAAGGUGACACGAUAUAAAGCCGGUUGAAUUUAUUCCGUUUGUUUACUUUUUCACGCUACCCACUAGCGUUGAAGCGGGCUAGUGGAAGUGUUGGUCGAUUCAUGAGCAAUAAGCGAUCUGUGAGAGGUGGGUUAGAAUGUCGGGGAUAAGAUAGUGACGUCUCGCCUGUAAAAAAUGGGUGUCUUUUAUCUUGCAUUUAAUUCAAUAGUGUGACAUUUACUAGCCGAUAAUGAUAUCCAUAUUCGUAAUUGGAUUCUGUAUGUUUGCUCCAUCGCUAUCGCUCACUUGACAGACGUACAAGUGUUCUCCAGGGACGCAGUUGCAUUCGAAAGUAAACACUCGUUAGCGUCUGUUUAGCGUUAGCUACAUAGUGUUUAGCUGUAGUCACCUUCAACCAUUCCAACCUCAUGUACGCUCUACCAAAGCCAUCGUCCUGUAUGCACCUCACGUUACUGUACCACUGUGUACCAACAAACUUAAAAUGGCACAAACGAAUGUAAGAAACACUCGAAAGAACGACGACCAGCUUGCGAUGACGAGAAAUUUCAACAAACAACAUGAACAUUGACAAAAUUGAGCUAACGAAACGUGGGAAAACACCGACAUUAGGCAGGUGCAAAUAGAAUAUGCAAAUAAGGGAAAGGGUCCAAGUAAAGCAAAAAACUACCUAGAGACCAAAAAAACUUGUUUGGAAGCUUUUUCCUUGGAGCAGAAGAAGUCCAUGAACACGCGCAUUUAUUUAUUCUGAUAAAGUAAAAAAGGAAAAUGGCACAAGACAUAAAUUUUGGAUUAACUUUCUCCUGGCUGGUGGAAAAUUCCAGCGAUUUUUCCCCGAGUUACACAGCUAGCGUGAGGAGUCCCGUAGUUAGUGUUUAGUUUGUUUUGUUUUUCCCUUCGCUGUUUUGUUGUUUAGUUUGAAAUUUCUCGUUUGAUCGAUUAAGAGCGUCUCGUUCGUUCGGGUUCAUCGUACGCUAGCGGGGAUGAGCUCUCUUCAUAUUUUUUCCAGUGCCAUUUACUGUGUUCAUAGUUGUUCCCUGUUCACGCGAUAGGAAAGUUUUUCAUUGAGGCUUUUUGCAUGAAAAUAAAAUAGUACCGCAACGUCAAUCUAGUGCUCACCGAUCAAGCGUUUCGUGCGUUUGACGCUAGAUGGCGCACCUGCCGCGUGUCAAGUGUUUCAAGUUCAUGGGUGUGAAAUUUCUCAAUCAUCAUCGCUGCGAAAGUGCGUGUGUGUGUGCCUGUUUUCGUUUCCGUCCUUCGAAGGUGACAUUUUAAGUCUCUUGCCUGCAGACACCUGCACGAAAGCGGUACGCAAUGAAUUAUGGACGCAAAACACCGUCGACGUACCGGUCGACACCGUCGGUAUACUCCCACAUCACCAGCCGCUCCCAGUCGAACCUACACUCGCAGCGGUCGCGAUCGAUGAAGUCCGUCAUGAUACCCUGGUACCAGAAACCGAUCCUGCACAACAACAAGUAUCUGGACAUACAGCGCGGUGCGUUCAUCAUGGGACUGUUCUCGAUCUUCGUGGCAAUCUUCACGAUCGGUACGGCCGUGUUUGAUGUGUACUGCUUGGCGUUGGCAGCGCCCGGAUCCUCACACUACGGUUACUACAUCAUCUCGUACGAGUUUGUGUACGUCGGGAAUGUGCACAUUCGGAAUGCGCUAAUGGUGGCGGCCCUGUUCUCGCUGAUCGGCGGUCUGGUGGUGCUGGUGACGAGCAUUAUGCUGGUGCACGCACUGCGCAAGGAGUACGAAUCGAAGAUUGUACCGUGGCUGUGGUCUUUCGCCAUCUUCACCCUGUUCCGGCUGCUAGCGUUCCUGUUCUUCUCGAUCGUGAACGAUCUGAUCUUCGCCUACAACAUACUGAUCACGCUGAUCUGGAGCGUCGUGAUCGUCGCAUCGAUCUACGGCUGGUUGAUGGUGUACUCGCUCUAUCUGGAGCUGGCCGAUCUGACGAAGCUGGAGGAUCUGGCACACCUGCGAAUGGGUACGAUGCAAUCGCUGAACGCUUCCGUCGCACACUCGCUGGCCGGUUCGCGGCCCACGACACCGCACAGUACCGUCUCGACCAUGCCGGUCGGUGACACGAAGUUCAUCUGAACCAUUUGGCCAUGCAAGCAAACGGAUUCCGUCCCCAGCCAAUCGUCCAAACGACCCCCGUACAAACGACCGAAUGACAAUAACGCCAGUCUAUAGGGAACAAGUAAUAAUCAUAAUCACGCACAACACAAUCGAAAGCAGCGCGCAAGUUAGUAAGCGUAUAGAGGGCGACAAGUUUCUAAUGUGCCUCCAGCGUUCUUGGAAACCGUGUGUUUUUUUUCGACAAAGACGGAGCGAGAGUAUCUUUCUUUCUUUCUUUUUUUAAUCGUUUAGUUUCGUAAUAGUGAUAGCUCUUAAGUUGACGGUUUUAUUGUGCAAGUGACUUCAGCUGUCGCAGUCGAGGUGUCUGCAGGCGACGAACCCCGUGCUGCUGCCGUUCGCUCCGGAGGACAGUGUGUGAAGUUUAUUUUUGCGCGAACGUUUUGUUUUAUUUUAACUACAUUCCAACAACAGUGAUCAAUAAAUUAUUGAUUUCUCGUAACGAA